AUGAAGCCGAUUAAAAAGCAAGGAAGGCGCCUGCCCCCGUCGACCCGGGCCAAAGGGGGGAAGAGACGGGGGGCGGGGGACAAUGGGGAGAAAAGAGACUCGGACGAGAACAAAGAUAGGUCCCCCAAAAGUCAGACCUCACCCCAAACCUCAUCUCACUCAGAGUCUUCUCAGGAGGAGUCGGUGACACUCAAGGCGAGGGCCACGCCAGAGAGGGAUGACCACAGAGAGGGGCCCCGGCUCCCAGAGACAGCGGCCGCAGCAGCAGGGUCCCUCCCUGGGAAGUUGGAGGACUCCCACCCAGGGAGCGUCAAGUCGCUGAGCACCCACAGCACAGACAGCAGCAGCAGCACCGCCAGUGCUGCCAACAGCCCCAACCCCUCGUCUAACCGCAAGACGGCCACCUUCAAGGCCCGCGUCCCCAAGAAGAAGUACACCUCUGAGCACUGUGCUGCCGCCGCUGCCGCCGCCAACCACGGCAACCCCGGCACGCCUCCACUGAGCAGCAAUAGUGCUCACUGUGGCAGUAACACCGGAAGUCAGUCGUCGGGCUUCUCUUCGGCAGCGAGUGAGGGCGGUUCGCUCACUGACAUCAACAGUCAGAUCAGGAGACCAGCGGAGGACUACACUACCACUAUAGCUCCAUCACAGGACAGGGACAGCACACCUGGACCCCCUCCCAUAGGAGACAGAGAUAGGAGAGUCCCAGAGGGAGGCAGAGAAAUCUCCCCCAGCCCUGUCCGCUGCUCUUCUACAGACACAGCCAGCGAACACGACCUGGAUGUGAGCGAGCCACACCGCUCCAACUCUCACCACACCAAUCCCACCACCGAAGCACACACCCUAGCCCUGGUGCAAUGUAGCACCCCACACACUCCGACCCCACAGAGCCUGUCGGACGCGCUAGCUGACGCCCUGGCCAAAGGUUUAAAAAACCAGCGGGUGCUAGCCAGGCAGGCUAGGAGAAGGAGUGGAAAAGAGGAAGAGGAGAACGGAGGAGGGGGGAGGGAGAGCAUGGACUCAGUGUUCCGAGCGGGUGUGGUGCGGAGGGUGAGCGGCGAGCAUGGUAGCCUGGAGGUGCAGCUGAACGGCGAGAAGGAGCUGUACCGGUACCCGUUCCGUGAGGGUGCCCAGGGGCCAGUGGACAUCAUCAUGGAUGCCCCGCCGCCUGGCUCCCAGGCCGUGCCCAUCGGCACCCCUGUGUGCGUGCCCUUCGGAGGUAACGAGGACAGCGGCACCACAGAGGCCCAGCGCCAGUGGUACCGAGAGGGCCUGGUAACCCAGGUGGACACCCACCCGGCUGUGUCCUACCCCUAUAGAGUGUUGUUGGAGGAUAGAGCGCCGCCAGGGGAUGAGGAGGGGGAUGGCAGUGUGGGCACUCCGACGGCUGUGUGGGUGUCCCGUCAGAGCCUCCGCCUGCUGGUGCCCCCCUGGGACCUCGACCUGGGACCCUCCGGAGGGGGGCGAGAGGAAAGCAAUGCCGCCGCCGAGAGAGGGAGAGAGAGGGAGAGAGAGAGAGAGGACAGGGACGAGAUAGAGGUGGAGCAGGAGCUGUGUCGACUCAGCCAUGGGAUGGGGCUCAGCGCGACUGUGACUGGGUCCGUGUUGGGGAGGCUUUCAUACCCUGGAACGGCCCCCGCCUCCUCAUCUUCCUCUACUGUCAGCUCCCCCGUUACCCCUGCCUCGGUGCUGAGUCUGGUGCCCGGAAGAGAAUGGGAGCGAGAGAAGGACCUGAUGGAGAGAGAGAGGGAGAUCAAGAGGAAACAAGAGAGAGAUAACCGAGAGAGGGCCAAACAGCACCACCACUUCAUGCCCCUGACCCCUGAGGAGGACAUAGAGGUGUCCAACUUCAGCAUGGUGCCCAUGGGGGCAGCGGGGGGGGAGGUCAAGGCCCUGGCGGUGUCCCAGCACAGGCACAUACUCUCCAAGCCGCCCCCUGGCUACCCUAGCCCCCACCUGUCCGUGGUCCGGGGCCUCGGAGGCACUCCGCUGGUGGGCCCCCACCUGGCCCUCAACCACCACCCCCCUCCCUCCCCCACGGUGCUACUGGGCCUGGAGUCGGGAACGCUGGCAGUUGGGGGCGGCCGUCAUCGCCACCCCUCAGCUGCCCCCUCUGCCCCCCUUGUCCCUCCUCGUCCUCCCGCGGCUCCCUGGAUAAGCCGCCCUCUUCAAACUCCAGCUCCCACGGUGCAUCUGGAGGAGGUGGAGGCUCGUGCUCGGGUUCGGCGUCCUCAUCGCGCUCCCGCACCCCGCUCACGGCAGCCCAGCAGAAGUACAAGAAGGGCGACGUGGUGUGUACCCCCACAGGCAUCCGCAAGAAGUUCAACGGCAAGCAGUGGAGGAGGCUGUGCUCCAGAGAGGGCUGCUCUAAGGAGUCCCAGAGAAGAGGCUACUGCUCGCGUCAUCUCUCCAUGAGAACUAAAGAGAUGGAGGCCAGCGGAGGGGGCAGAGAACGUGGCGGGGCCAGCAGUACGGGCACCCUAACCCCGUCAGACCUGAGACUGGGCGGCGGCCGGACCAGUUCGGAGUUCGACUGGGACAACACGUCGCGAGACAGCAGCGAAGCGAGCAGUAGGGGAGGGGAUUCACGCCCCCGCCUGGUCCUGCCCUCGCUCCUGCCCCAGGACUUAUCACGCUUCGACUUUGAUGAGUGCGAGGCGGCCACCAUGCUGGUGUCUCUGGGCAGCUCCCGCUCGGGCACGCCCUCCUUCUCUCCCAUCUCCAACCAGUCGCCCUUCUCGCCCACGCCGUCGCCCUCGCCUUCCCCGCUUUUCGUCUUCCGCCCGGCCACCUUCAGCCCCAUCACGGCGCCGCCUUCGCUCACCCCUCGCCGCCACCGUCACCUGAGCGGCACUAAGAUUGGCACGCCGGGCUCGGAGCGUGAACGCCACCUGUCGGGCAUCGUACCCACCUUCCAGACCAACCUCACCUUCACCGUGCCCAUGAGCCCCAGCAAGCGGAAACUUGAUGCCCUUCCUCCGCCCCUGCCCCUCUCUGCCCAGGAUUACGCUAAGCCCGACCAGCAGUUAGGGGAGACUAUAGGCCUCAGCCCAGCUGCCUUCAGGGUGCUCUCUCCUCAGAGCCAGCCCACCACUCCCUCCUCCCUCUCCUUCCCCCGGCCACGGAGCGCCACCAGCCGCCCCCCGUCCUCCGCCGCCUCCACCCCCCCACCCAUGCUGGUGUCCCCCACCCCUCCCUCCCCCCUGCCCCAGGACCCCAGCCCCCGCCGCAUUGUGCCCCUGCGAGACUCCCCUGUCAUCGUGCGGAACCCCGACGUCCCCCUGGCCAAGUUCACAGAUGGACCCCUGGGGAGGAGGGGAGGAGGGGGCCGCUCCUCCAGAGAGCACAUCCAGCCCCUGCACCUUGCCACCGGCCUCCAAGCACCCGUGCCCAUCAACGGCGCCGCCACCAAUGGAGCAGUCCUCCUGCGAAACCCCGCCUCCACCCUGGUCCUUGUAACCUCCUCCCAGUCCCUGAUCCCAGCCGUCGCCGGACGCCCUGCUCACUCCAGCCCAGCCCUCAGUGGUGGCUCCGCCUCCAUCUCCUCUACUGGCUCCGCCCUCUCCAGCUCUGGAUCAGGCGGUAGGGAGUGGGAGAGGAAGCCCGGCGGGCACCAGGACGCCAUUGGAGGGGCACUGCCCCAGCCGGUAGCCUGCCACCCCUCGCCAACCGCCCUGCUGCCACUUAUCCUACCAGCCGAGUCCCCUCACCCUGCACCCCGCAAGGACAUCAUCAUUGGACGGCCCGGGACAGGUAAGACAACAAUCAUUAUAGGGGUGUAUAGGGUUUAGUAUAUAGGGGUUAGUAUAUAGGGGUUAGUAUGUAGGGGUGUAUAGGGGUUAGUAUGUAGGGCUGAAUAGGGGUUAAUAUAUAGGGGUUAGUAUAUAGGGGUGUAUAUAGGGGUUAGUCUAUAGGGGUUAGUAUAUAGUGGUUAGUAUAUAGGGGUGUAUAGGGGUUAGUAUAUAGGGGUUAGUAUAUAGAGGUGUAUAGGGGUUAGAAUAUAGACGUGUAUAGGGGUUAGUAUAUAGAGGUAUAUAGGGGUAGGUGUAUAGGGGUGUAUAGGGGUUAGUAUAUAGAGGUGUAUGGGGUUAGUAUAUAGAGGUAUAUAGGGGUAGGUAUAUAGGGGUGUAUAGGGGUUAGUAUAUAGAGGUGUAUGGGGUUAGUACAGUGCAUACAGAAAGUAUUCAGACCCCUUGACUUUUUCCACGUUUUGUUACGUUACAGCCUUAUUAAAAAAUCGAUGAAAUUGUUUAUUUUCCUCAUCAAUCUACGCACAAUACCCCAUAAUGACAAAGCAAAAACAGUUUUUUUGAUUUUUUAAAGAAAAAAUACAUUUACAUACAGUUACAGUCGAAAGUUUACAUACACUUAGGUUAGAGUCAUUAAAACUUGUUUUUCAACCACUCCACAAAUUUCUUGUUAACAAACUAUUGUUUUGGCAAGUCGGUUAGGACAUCAAGUAAUUUUUCCAACAAUUGUUUACAGACAGAUUAUUUCACUUAUAAUUCACUGUAUCACAAUUCCAGUGGGUCAGAAGUUUACAUACACUAAGUUGACUGUGCCUUUAAACAGUUUGGAAAAUUCCAGAAAAUGAUGUCAUGGCUUUAGAAGCUUCUGAAAGGCUAAUUGACAUAAUUUGAGUCAAUUGGAGGUGUACCUGUGGAUGUAUUUCAAGGCCUACCUUCAAACUCAGUGCCUCUUUGCUUGACAUCAUGGGAAAAUCAAAAUAAUUCAGCCAAGACCUCAGAUUUUUUUUUUGUAGAACUCCACAAGUCUGGUUCAUCCUUUGGAGCAAUUUCCAAACGCCUGAAGGUACCACUUUCAUCUGUACAAACAAUAGUACGCAAGUAUAAACACCACAGGACCACGCAGCCGUCAUACCACUCAGGAAGUAGACGCGUUCUGUCUCCUAGAGAUGAACGUACUUUGGUGCGAAAAGUGCAAAUCAGUCCCAGAACAACAGCAAAGGACCUUGUGAAGAUGCUGGAGGAAACAGGUACAAAAGUAUCUAUAUCCACAGUAAAACGAGUCCUAUAUCAACAUAACCUGAAAGGCCACUCAGCAAGGAAGAAGCCACUGCUCCAAAACCGCCAUAAAAAACCCAGACUACGGUUUGCAACUGCACAUGGGGACAAAGAUUGUACUUUUUGGAGAAAUGUCCUCUUGUCUGAUGAAACAAAAAUAGAACUGUUUGGCCAUAAUGACCAUCGUUAUGUUUGGAGGAAAAAGGGGAAUGCUUGCAAACCGAAGAACACCAUACCAUCUGUGAAGCACAGGGUGGCAGCAUCAUGCUGUGGGGGUGCUUUGCUGCAGGAGGUACUGGUGCAUUUCACAAAAUAGAUGGCAUCAUGAGGAAGGAAAAUUAUGUGGAUAUAUUGAAGCAACAUCUCAAGACAUCAGUCAAGUUAAAGCUUGGUCGCAAAUGGGUCUUCCAAAUGGACAAUGACCCCAAGCAUACUUCCAAGGUUGUGCCAAAAUUGCUUAAGGACAACAAAGUCAAGGUAUUGGAGUGGCCAUCACAAAGCCCUGACCUCAAUCCUAUAGAAAAUGUGUGGGCAGAACUGAAAAAGCGGGUGCGCGCAAUGAGGCCUACAAACCUGACUCAGUUACACCAGCUCUGUCAGGAGGAAUGGGCCAAAAUUCACGCAACUUAUUGUGGGAAGCUUGUGGAAGGCUACCCGAAACGUUUGACCCAAGUUAAACAAUUUGAAGGCAAUGCUAUCAAAUACUAAUUGAGUGUAUGUAAACUUCUGACCCACUGGGAAUGUGAUGAAAGAAAUAAAAGCUGAAAUAAAUCAUUCUCUCUACUAUUAUUCUGACAUUUCACAUUCUUAAAAUAAAGUGGUGAUCCUAACUGAUCUAAGACAGGGAAACUGAGUUUAAAUGUAUUUGUCUAAGAUGUAUGUAAACUUCCGACUUCAACUUUAAGUAUUCAGACCCUUUACUCAGUACUUUGUUGAAGCAGCUUUGGCAGCGAUUACAGCCUUGAGUCUUCUUGGGUAUGACGCUACAAGCUUUGCACACCCGUAUUUGGGGAGUUUCUCCCAUUCUUCUCUGCAGAUCCUCUCAAGCUCUGUCAGGUUGGAUGGGGAGUGUCGCUGCACAGCUAUUUUCAGGUCUCUCCAGAGAUGUUAGAUCAGGUUAAAGUCCGGGCUGUGGCUGGGCCACUCAAGGACAUUCAGAGACUUGUCCCGAAGCCACUCCUGCGUUGUCUUGGCUGUGUGAUUAGGGUCGGUGUCCUGUUGGAAGGUGAACCUUCGCCUUUGUCUGAGGUCCUGAGCGCUCUGGAGCAGGUUUUCAUCAAGGAUCUCUCUGUACUUUGCUCCGUUCAUCUUUCCCUCGAUCCUGACUAGUCUCCCAGUCCCUGCCACUGAAAAAGAUCCCCACAUCAUUGUGCUGCCAUCACCAUGCUUCACCGUAGGGUGGUGCCAGGUUUCCUCCAGACGUGAUGCUUGGCAUUCAGGCCAAAGAAUUCAAUCUUGGUUUCAUCAGACCAGAGCAUCUUGUUUCUCAUGGUCUGAGAGUCUUUUAGGUGCCUUUUGGCAAACUCCAAGCGGGCAGUUAUGUGCCUUUUACUGAGGAGUGGCUUCCAUCUGGCCACUCUACCAUAAUGGCCUGAUUGGUGGAGUGCUGCAGAGAUGGUUGUCCUUCUGGAAGGUUCUCCCAUCUCCACAGAGGAACUCUGGAGCUCUGUCAGAGUGACCAUCACAUUAUUGGUCACCUCCCUAACCAAGGCCCUUCUACCCCGAUUGCUCAGUUUGGCCGGGCGGCCAGCUCUAAGUAGAGUCUUGGUGGUUCCAAACUUCUUCCAUUUAAGAAUGAUGGAGGACCACUGUUUUCUUGGGGACCUUCAAUGCUGCAGAAUUUUUUUGUCAACUGUGGGACCUUAUAUAGACAGGUGUGUGCCUUUCCAAAUCAUGUCCAAUCAAUUGAAUUUACCACAGAUGGACUCCAAUCAAGUUGCAGAAAUAUCUCAAGGAUGAUCAAUAGAAACAGGAUGCACCUGAGCUCAAUUUCGAGUCUCAUAGCAAAGGGUCUGAAUACUUAUGUAAAUUAGGUAUUUCAGUUUUUUUUUAAUUCUUAAUACAUUUGCAAACAUUUCUAAAAACCUGUUUUCACUUUGUCAUUAUGUUGUAUUGUGUGUGGAUUGAUGAGGGGAAAAAAUAUUUUAUCAAUUUUAGAAUAAGGCUGUAACGUAACAAAAUGUAGAAAAAGUCAAAGGGUCUGAAUGCUUUCUGAAUUCACUGUAUAUAGAGGUGUAUGGGGUUAGUAUAUAGGGGUGUUUAGGGGUUAGUAUAUAGAGCUGUAUAGGGGUUAGUAUAUAGAGGUGUAUAGGGAUUAGUAUAUGGGGGUAUAUAGGGGUUAAUAUAUAGAGGCUUACGUGGUUAGUAUAUAGGGGUGUAUGGGGUUAGUAUAUAGGGGUGUAUGGGGUUAGUAUAUAGGGUGUAUAGGGGUUAGUAUAUAGGGGUGUAUAGGGGUUAGUAUAUAGGGGUGUAGGGUGUAUAUAGGGGUUAGUAUAGGUGUUGGGGUGUAUAGGGGUGUAGGGUUCGUAUGGGUGUUCGUUAGGGGUUUCGUUUCUAGGGUAGUCUUAGUGGGGUUAGUAUAUAGGGGUGUAUGGGUUAGUAUAUACGUGUAGGGUUGUCAUAGGGGUGUUAGGGUUCGUUAUAGGUGGUUAUAUAGGGGUUAGUAUAUAGGGGUGUAUGGGGUUAGUUUAUAGAGGUGUAUAGGGAUUAGUGUAUAGGGGUUCGUAUAUAGAGGUGUAUAGGGGUUAGUAUAUAGAGGUGUAUGGGGUUAGUAUAUAGGGGUUAUUAUAUAGGGUGUAUAGGGGUUAGUAUAUAGAGGUGUAUAGGGGUUAGUAUAUAGAGGUGUAUGGGGUUAGUAUAUGGGGUUUUAUUAGGGUGUAUCGGGGUUCGUCUCUCGAGGUGUCUGGGGUUCGUCUCAUCGGGUGUACUGGGGUUCGUCUAUAGGGGUUGUCUUUAUAGGGUGUAUGGGAGGGGUUCUGUACUCAUCAGAGGUGUCAUGGGAGUUAUUAUUGAGGUGUAUGGGUUCAGUAUCAUAUUUGGGUUGUUUGACGGUGUGGCUUCAGUCUCCAUAAGGUUGUCAUUGGGUUGAUCUGGGACUGCGGCUGGACAGACAUCAUAGUAACAUACAUCAGUGAUAAGGGAAAUGGGAAGAGUUAUUAUUGCAGGUAUGCGACACCAUUCUUCCACAAUAAAUUCCAUCAUUUGGUGUUUUGUUGACGGUGGUGGAAAACGUUCCAGAAUCUCCCAUAAGUGUUCAAUUGGGUUUAGAUCUGGUGACUGAGACGGCCAUGGCAUAUGGUUUACAUCGUUUUCAUGCUCAUCAAACCAUUCAGUGACCACUCGUGCCCUGUGGAUGGGGGCAUUGUCAUCCUGGAAGAGAGUGAGACCACUCCCAUCGGGAUAGAAAUGAUUCACCACAGGUUGAAGGUGAUCACUCAGAAUGGCUGUGUAUUUAUUGGCGUUUACCUUGCCCUCUAAGGGGUUGAGUGGAUCUAAACCAUGCCAGGAAAAUGCACCCCACACCAAUAACAGAGACGUCAGAACCCUCAUUUACUCAAGUGUUUUCUUUAUUUUGGCAGUUACCUGUGUGUAAAAAUGAGUGACUUCAGUGACAAGAAAUGUACAUUUGAGUGUGGUGAAAUUGGUUCAACAUGGCUGCAAGAAUGCUGUGUCAGGCAUAAGGUAGUAGGCAGACAAAUAUAAUGUUUGUGGUUCAGUCGUUCUGGUAUGUCUUUCAUAAUGUUUGUACUGGUGUGGCUCAGUGUGUGUGUGGUGUAGUUUGGUGUGGGGAUGGGUGGGGGUCAACGAGUGUGUGAGAAGGGGUGUUGGUCUGUGUGCUUCAGUUUCAGUUAAACUUUUAAAAGGACUUGUCUAGACAUGCAAGGCUGCUGAGCACAGGGAGGACACUCACACACAGUUCUUAAUAUAGCAGACAAUACACAACCUUGGGCAGAGCACCAAGGGCAUGUUUUUUUUUGAUCCCACUGAACUGAAAAGGAGUAAUGGUAUUUCAGUGUUGUCAUGGAUACUUUGUCUCUGGAUAGAAAUAGUGCAGUUAAGUGUAGAGCUCUUUCUGCUUAUUGGAUUGUGCUUCUCUCCUCUAUUCUAUCAGUUAUUCUCUAUGGGGGCGAAUCCUAACUUCCACUUCAAAUCUUCACUUAGUCCCGUUGAAGUCAAUGGGAGAUGAACGGUUAAAGCUAGCCCGUCUAGACCAGUAGUCUCAAUUUGUGUGAAAUAACAAGCUCCCCCAUGACCCUCCCACAUGUCAUGAGAUUAUCUGAGGAGCUGUCGCAAGUUUAAGUUCAAACACUUCUGAGAAGAAACCCCUCUAUCCUGGAAACACAACUCAUGUACAGUAUCUCACCUGACCAACAUCAAAUCAAAUGUUAUUUGUCACAUGCUUCAUAAACAACAGGUGUAGACUAACAGUGAAAUGCUUACUUACGGGCUCUUCCCAACAAUACAGAGAAAAAAAUAGAAAUAAUAGAAAAAUAAUAACAAUGAAUAAAUACACAAUAAGUAACGAUAACUUGGCUAUAUACACAGGGUACCAGUACCGAGUAGAUGUGCAGGGGUAUGAGAUAAUUGAGGUAGAUACACUAUAUAUACAAAUUUAUGUGGACACCCCUUCAAAUUAAUAGAUUCGGCUAUUUCAGCCACACCCGUUGCUGACAGGUGUAUAAAAUCGAGCACAACGCCAUGCAAUCUCCAUAGACAAACAUUGGCAGUAGAAUGGCCUUACUGAAGAGCUCAGUGACUUUCAACGUGGCACCGUCAUAGGAUGCCACCUUUACAACAAGUCAGUUUGUCAAAUUUCUUCCCUGCUAGAGCUGCUCCGGUCAACUGCCCCGGUCAACAAUGGCUCAGCCGCGAAGUGGAAGGCCACUGGAAGCAACGUCAGCACAAGAACUGUUCGUCGGGAGCUUCAUGAAAUGGGUUUCCAUGGCCGAUCAGCCACACACAAGCCUAAGAUCACCAUGCGCAAAUGCCAAGUGUUGGCUGGAGUGGUGUUUAGCUCGCCGCCAUUGGACUUUGGAGAAGUGGAAACGCGUUCUUUGGAGUGAUGAAUCACCCUUCACCAUCUGGCAGUCCGACGGACUAAUCUGGGUUUGAUGCCAGGAGAACGCUACCUGCCCCAAUGCAUAGUGCCAACUGUAAAGUUUGGUGGAGGAGGAAUAAUGGUCUGGGGCUGUUUUUUCAUGGUUCGGGCUAGGCCCCUUAGUUCCAGUGAAGGGAAAUCUUAACGCUACAGCAUACAAUGACAUUCUAGCCGAUUCUGUGCUUCCAACUUUGUGGAAAAAGUUUGGGGAAGGCCCUCUCCUUUUUCAGCAUGACAAUGCCCCCGUGCACAAAGUGAGGUCCAAAUAGAAAGGGUUUGCCGAGAUCGGUGUGGAAGAACUUGACUGGCCUGCACAGAGCCCUGACCUCAUCCCAUCGAACACCUUUGCGAUGAAUUGGAACACAGACUGCGAGCCAGGGCUAAUCGCCCAACAUCAGUGCCCGACCUCACUAAUGCGCUUGUGACUGAAUGGAAGCAAGUCCUCGCAGCAAUGUUCCAAAAUCUAGUGGAAAGCCUUCCCAGAAGAGCGGAGGCUGUUAUAGCAGCAAAGGGGGGACCAACUCCAUAUUAAUGCCCAUGAUUUUGGAAUGAGAUGUUCGAUGAGCACGUGUCCACAUACUUUUGGUUAUGUAGUGUAUGUGCAUAUAACUAGGAAUAAAGUGACAGAUAAUAAACAGUAGCAGCAGCGUAUUUGAUGAGUUAGUGCAAAAAAGGGUCAAUGCAGAUAGUCCGGGUAGUUAUUUGGUUAACAAUUUAACUAACUAUUUAGCAGUCUUAUGGCUUGGGGGUAGAAGCUGUUCAGGGUCCUGUUGCUUCCAGACUUGGGGCAUCAGUACCGCUUGCCAUGCUGUAGCAGAGAGAACAGUCUAUGACUUGGGUGGCUGGAGUCUUUUACAAUUUGCAGGGCCUUCCUCUGACACCGCCUUGUAAAGAGGUCCUGGAUGGCAGGAAGCUCGGCCCCAGUGAUGUACUGGGCUGUACGCACUACCCUCUGUAGCACCUUUAAGGUCGGAUGCCAAUCAGUUGCCAUACCAAGUGGUGAUGCAGCCAGUCAAGAUGCUCUCAAUGGUGCAGCUGUAAAACUUUUGAGGAUCUCAGGUCCCAUGCCGAAUCUUUUCAGCCUCCUGAGGGGGGCAUUGUCGUACCCUCUUCAUGACUGUGUUGGUCUGUGUGGACCAUGAUAGAUCCUUAGUGAUAUGGACACUCAAGGGUCACUUGAAAAAAUGUCAGGGGAUCAAUCUCAAUGUGACUCAAAAAUCUUAAGAAGCUGCAAUGUGUAAAACCCCAUAUUAGUAUACGUUGUUCUUGACCAACUAGGUUGUCAUUGUAAAAUAUAAUUUGUUCUCAAUUAUAUACUUGGCUAAAUAUCUGAAAUAAUUGAAGCAUAUUAUAUACUAAGCAAGACCUGUGUUGCUUUUCCAAUAAGACUCUAUAUAUUAGUGUUCCCUUUGACUGUUUGACUGUAUUACUGUUAACCAGUGCACUCUUAGAAGAAAAGGUGCUAUCCAGAACCUAAAAGGGUUCUUCGGCUGUCCCCAUAGGAGAACCCUUUGGAGAACCCUUUUUUGGUUCCAGGUAGAACCCUUUUGAGUUCCCUGUGGAACCCUUUACACAGAGGGUUCUACAUGGAACCCAAAAGAGUUCUACCUGUAACCAAAAAGGGUUCUCGAAUGGGGACAGCCGAAGAACCCUUUUGGAACCCUUUUUUCCUAAAAGAGUGUGUUUUCCAAAAUGGUGGGUCAAUUCCCAAUGGGGCUGAGAGGGUCACGACUAAAGACUGUGCUCAGACAGGAAAUAUUUUGUUUUUCUUAAGGGUCACAAGAGAAUUCAAAUGGCGGAGAAUUCAGUAUAGUCAUGCCGUCACUGCACAAAUACGUUUGGGACUUAAAAUAAAUCACCAACUAUUCUUAAUAUUUUCCUUUCGAAUCUGCCUUUUCCUCCCACAGUAUGGACCAAUGUGGAGCCCCGGUCAGUGCCAGUGUUUCCUUGGCAUUCAUUGGUCCCUUUCCUGGAGCCUAGCCAAUCGAGUACGGCUGCCCAGCCCGCUGAUGGCCAACAGCUUGUCAAUCAGAGCAAAGGUGAGGAUUUGUUCAACACUUCACUUAUGUGUUGAAUAAAUAGGCCUAUUCUAGUCAGGUUGCAUACACAACUCAUGUGUUGUACUUACUUCUUUUGUAAAGAUAGUUAUGGAGAAAAGUUCAGUAUACCAUAUUGCAUUUUUCACUGUUUACUGCAUCACUUCAUAAAUAAAUAACUGUUAAAUAACUGAACUAAUAUCAAUAAUUCUCAGUACAAAAAAAACAAAAAAAUAUUUAUGUUGGUGAAAUUCAACCUGCCUGUUUUUGCAAUUACGUUGAGAUUUAGUAACAUGGGUUACAUUGAGUUGAUUAUUGAGUCCAAUAAUCAUAAUUUCUCUAUUAAACCAUUUUAGCUACUUAAUGUAAGGGAUAAUCAACAAGGGGCUAUGCGUUCUCUGGAAAGAAUGCACGGCGCAGAAGGUGGGUGCCACGACACGGAGCAGAGUGAUAAUAAACCACCAGCAUCCACCAACUAACUCCCUUCUCUCUUGUCUCAGAGCCUCGUUGCGGGGUGGCCCUAGUGAGUGACGGAUGGGUGGGUCCACCAGACGCAGAGCGAGGGUCUCCAUCCUGCCCACCACCCUCCUCCAAUGACAACAACCCCCCAGCUGAAAGAGUAGAAAGAGGUGGAGCCGACAGCGAGACAGAGAGCGAUGCAGACGACCCGUACGUUUUUUAUAGGUUGUUUAAUGGUCAUUCGAAAGUGUGUCAACUGUUGUAUUGCAGGUGACACACUACGAGUGUGUGGUAAAAGGAAAUAAUGUUGUCUGUAAUCUUUGACAGCCCCACUUUGGCUUUCAAGAACAUUCCAUCACAAAGGCUUGGAUUGCAGUAGGAACCAGGAAAGACCAGUUCUCUUUCAAUUGCCCUGGUUUCAUUGAUUGUUGAAUCCACUUAGUUUGAUGGAGAGACCUACAUAGAGAAAAUGUCAUAGUUGUGUUUGUACACAGUAGAAUGUACCACUUAAAACCACAAAACGGACUUAGAAAUUAAGUGAUGAAGAAGGAUAAAUUCUUAUUUACAAUGACGGCCUACCCCAGCCAAACCCGGACGAUGCUGGGCAAAUUGUGCGCCGCCAAUUGAAGAAGAUUGGAAAACCUGCCCUUUUUGCUCAUACACAUUCACACAUUAUUACAUGUUUCUGAUUGGCAGGCCAUAAUCAUUAAGUUUCUGAUUGGCAUGCCAUAUUCACAUUGAGUUUCUGAUUGGCAGGCCAUAAUCAUAUUGAGUUUCUGAUUGGCAGGUUUUUUCCGGGUGUAGCCAAUGAUCCUGCCCCAUCUACGGGCCCUAUCAAGAGGCGCACUCAGUCCCUCAGUGCCCUUCCCAAAGAUGGAGAAAGAAAGGUGAGCUCUCUGCUUGUCUGUCUCUGGCUUCUAUUUUCUUAUCUGUGUCUCUCAGUCUAAUAUCUCCCAGUCACAUACAGUAUGUGUCCCUCUCUCUGUGUGCUAUUAGCUCAAACUAGAAAUUGCCAUUAUCUACAGAUCGAGGAUCAGAUUACCUGACCCCCAAUCCCAAUCUUACCAUUAGGGGGAUAAAAAAUAUCUUACCCUGUAUCAGUGAUUAGGGGCAAAUUCGACCUACUCCUUGUGGCUCAUCCCUUCCAUGCACCCUCUUACCACAUCUCUCUCUCUCAGAGGGAAAAGGACCACAUUCGGCGGCCAAUGAACGCGUUCAUGAUCUUCAGCAAGCGUCACCGGGCGCUGGUGCACCAGAGGCACCCCAACCAGGACAACCGCACGGUCAGCAAAAUCCUGGGCGAGUGGUGGUACGCCCUGGGGCCCAAAGAGAAGCAGAAGUACCACGAUCUUGCCUUCCAGGUACAUACCAAUGAUGUAUAUAAACCCUGGAUGACUGACAGGGGGCGCUGUAUUGAAGCCACCGUGCAGCCAUCUUGGUACUCCUCCACCAUUGUGAAAAACGAUUUUGAAAGCUAUAGAAAUGCAUUUAUUAAUGUCUACAUUAAUUUUCUAUUACAGACACCUAUAUGCAAAUUCAAUUAUGUUAUCUAAACAUAAAAAAAAUAAUAUAUACAGUACCAGUCAAAAGUUUGGACACACCUACUCAUUCCAGGGUUUUUCUUUAUUUUUACUAUUUUCUACAUUGUAGAAUAAUAGUGAAGACAUCAAAACGAUGAAAUAACACAUAUGGAAUCAUGUAGUAACCAAAAAAGUGUUAAACAAAUCAAAAUAUAUUUUAUAUUUGAGAUUCUUCAAAUAGCCACCUUUUGCCUUGAUGACAGCUUUGCACGCUCUUGGCAUUCUCUCAACCAGCUUCAUGAGGUAGUCACCUGGAAUGCAUUUCAAUUAACAGGUGUGCCUUGUUAAAAGGUAAUUUGUGGAAUUUCAUUCCUUCUUAAUGCGUUUGAGCCAAUCAGUUGUGUUGUGACAAGGUAGGGUGGUAUACAGAAGAUAGCCCUAUUUGGUAAAAGGCCAAGUCCAUAUUAUGGCAAGAACAGCUCAAAUAAGCAAAGAGAAAUGACAGUCCAUCAUUACUUCAAGACAUGAAGGUCAGUCAAUCCGGAAAAUUUCAAGAACUUUGAAAGUUUCUUCAAGUGCAGUCGCAAAAACCAUCAAGCACUAUGAUGAAACUGGCUCUCAUGAGGAUCGCCACAGGAAAGGAAGACCCAGAGUUACCUCUGCUGCAGAGGAUAAGUUCAUUAGAGUUAACUGCACCUCAGAUUGUAGACCAAAUAAAUUCACAGAGUUCAAGUAACAGACACAUCUCAACAUCAACUGUUUUUUUUUUUUCAACUGUUCAGAGGAGACUGUGUGAAUCAGGCCUUCAUGGUCGAAUUGCUGCAAAUAAACCACUACUAAAGGACACCAAUAAUAAGAAGAGACUUUCUUGGGCCAAGAAACACGAGCAAUGGACAUUAGACCGGUGGAAGUCUGUCCUUUGGUCUGAUGAGUCCAAAUUUGAGAUUUUUGGUUCCAACCGCCGUGUCUUUGUGAGACAAAGAGUAGGUGAACGGAUGAUCUCUGCAUGUGUGGUUCCCACCGUGAAGCAUGGAGGAGGAGGUGUUAUGGUGUGGGGGUGCUUUGCUGGUGACACUGUCUGUGAUUUAUUUAGAAUUCAAGGCACACUUAACCAGCAUGGCUACCACAGCAUUCUGCAGCGAUACGCCAUCCUAUCUGGUUUGCGCUUAGUGGGACUAUAAUUUGUUUUUCAACAGGACAAUGACCCAACACACCUCCAGGCUGUGUAAGGGCUAUUUGACCAAGAAGGAGAGUGAUGGAGUGCUGCAUCAGAUGACCUGGCCUCCGCACUCCCCCGACCUCAACCCAGUUGAAAUGGUUUGGGAUGAGUUGGACUGCAGAGUGAAGGAAAAGCAUCCAACAAGUGCUCAGCAUAUGUGGGAACUCCUUCAAGACUGUUGGAAAAGCAUUCCAGGCGAAGCUGGUUGAGAGAAUGCCAAUAGUGUGCAAAUCUGUCAUCAAGGCAAAGGGUGGUUACUUUCAAGAAUAUCAAAUAUAUUUGGAUUUGUUUUAAAAAAAAAUGGUUACUACAUGAUUCCAUAUGUGUUAUUUCAUAGUUUUGAUGUCUUCACUAUUAUUCUACAAUGUAGAAAAUAGUAAAAAUAAAGAAAAACUCUUGAAUGAGUAGGUGUCCAAACUUUUGACUGGUACUGUGUAUAUAUAACUACAUUUUCCUUAAAGUAAAAUUUUGGGGGAGAGUACUAAUGUUACUGUCCCCACUACAGCAAAAGAAAUACUUAAAUACAUGUAAUUUUGUCCUUGAAACAUUUAAUUGAAAUACUGUAAAAUUCCAUUCAUUCCUAUGGAGGACUGCUCCUAUUGGGGAGUGCCAAUAUGGCCGACCGGCGGCUUCAAAGCCUCUCAAUGGCCAAUACAUAGCAUCAGCAAUCCAGGGUUUAUACACAUCAUUGGUACAUACACCAUACAGCACAAACAGCUUUGGGACCAGGCUGUAAUAAUGAUGUUAAUAUCAAUAGAUUGUAUUGUUUAUUGUGCCUUUCAAAACACCCAAGGACUCUAAACCAGAGAAUAGAAUAUUCUGUUUUCUUUCCAUCCUUCCUUCUAUCCUUUUCAUGUUAUGACUCUGUGUCUGACUCCAUUUUCUCUCCCUCCCCCUCUCUCUCCCAGGUGAAAGAGGCUCACUUCAAGGCCCACCCAGACUGGAAGUGGUGCAACAAGGACAGGAGGAAGUCUAUCUCUGAGGGCCGAGAGACCCCAGGGGCCAAAGAGACACGCGAGAGGAGCAUGUCGGAGAGCACAGGUCAGAGAGUGCGUGUGUUAAUGUGUGUGUGUGAGUCUUUUCACUAUAGCUGUGUUUGCAUUUGUGUGUGCUUAUUUAUCAUCGUACAUUUCUUACACUUUACUUACAGGAAAAUGUACAUAGUAAUGAGAGCACUUUGAUGAAAAGUGUUACCUACUUAUUUGUAUAUUUCCGUGCUCCACUCCUCUGAGGGUGCGUGUGGGUGGGUUUGUUUUUUCCUGUGCUUGUACAAGCUAUUUUUAAUCUUCUUCGUUGUGUGUGAUUGUGUGCUUGUAUGAGUGUAUUUACAAUUUUGGUAUGUCUUGUAUACAAUGUACUCUAUUGACCUGUUUCCCGGACACUGGACUAAAUGGCAAGCUCAAUUGAAAAUCUCCAUUGAAUGUGCUUUUUAGUCCAGGAGCAUGCUUAAUCUAUGUCCGGGAAACCAGCCCUAUUUAAUGGGAUUUUACUAAGACUCUUUCGCCUCCCUCCUCCACCGUAGAGCCUGAGUCAGGGUCUCAGGGCAUGGAGGUGAAGGGUGCGGCAGGCCCGGACUGGCCUGGGGGCUCUGAGCGUUGUGUGGGGGCCAACAGUGGUCAGCUCCCUCGCCCCCGGGCCUUUUCUCAGAGUGCAGUACACAGCCUGGAGAGGAGGGAGCGGGCUAGAGAUCUGGAGAAGGUACAGAGGACUGAUAUAGUUAGUGGCAUCACUUUUUCUUCUGUUCUACCUGUUUUGUACGCAAUUUCCCCCCCUUUUUGUCUUUUAUUUUUUCUUAUUUUUCUAUCUUUCUUCUCUCUCUGUUUAGUAAUAGUUAUCCAGUAAAAGACUGCAUUAUAUCUCAAAGCACUUAGCAUAGUAAGAAGGGAACUCACUCACCUUCACCACCAAUGUAUAGCAACCACACCUAGGUGAUCCACGGCGGCCAUUUUGUGCCAAACCUUCUAUCACAGUGGAGCUAACUUCUAGCUCUGUAUUUCUCUUUCAGUUGUGUCGAGAAGGGGCAGGCUCAUUCCGAAGCCGCCCCCCUACUCUCUCCCUGGCACAGUGUGGGGCCAGCGAGGACGUGACCAGCGACGAGGAGCGCAUGGUCAUCUGUGAGGAAGAGGGGGACGAUGAUGUCAUGGGUGAGGUCACAGUCUUAUUUAGUGUGGCUACCAUAGAAUUAGGAAGUAGAAUUUAAAAAGUAAAAGCAGGAAAUGCAUCACCUAUGCCUCUACCGCCAUUCAUUUCAAUUAGACUGGUUUGGAUUUCUCCCUGACCAAAAUGGCUGCCAUUAUCAUUCCAUUCUGGAACUUUGAAGGUUAAUGACAUGGUGGCUACUCUGUGUGUCCACUGUCUCAUUCGUUGAAAUAGAAUAGAGUAGAUUCCCUAUUCUAUUUAUAUGGUCUUAAUACUGUUCUAUAGCUGUUCUAGGGCUUCUCAAUGUCUUGCACAUGUAGUCUAUAGAUGUUUUUUCUACAGUAACUAUCCUAGAGACAGCUCCUAUAGCUGCUAUGUUGCUUGUCUGUCUCAUAUUCGUCCGUUUUUAAUGGCACAUUCACUGUUGUUUAUUAUUUCUAUGUCUUUACUGUCCUAUCAUGUCUGAUUGUACCUAUUGUAUCCUCUUCAUUUCCAGAGGACUCGUGCCCUGAGGGAUCCAUAGACCUCAAGUGUAAAGAGAGAGUGACUGACAGUGACGAGGAUGAGCCGGAUGGACAGGUACCCUACCCGUUUAGCCAUAUAGCCUCUUAGCCUUUUGGACUGUAGGUGCUAUUAACUUGUUAAAAUUUAGAUUUCAUGGGUAAUGGAACUGCCAAAUGAAGUAGCAUUGCCAUACUGAAUUUGAACAGAUAUCUAAUAGAUAGAUAUUCAAUUGCCACUGUUUCCUCCCACCUAUGCUAAGAUGGUGUGAGUCUGAUCUGUUUCAUUCCCCCACCAGUUUAAAUUCUACGUUGGUGCACUGAGAGACUUAAUUCAGGAGGGACCAUAGUUAACGUUUCUCGUUGAUCUCUCCCCCUCCAGCGAGCCUUCCAGCCAGUGGUCCGCUCCUCUCUCCCCUAUGCCACCAGCACCUCCCACCCUGACUCUCACUCCGACUCUACCAAGGGGAAAACAGGGGGGAGCACCGGAGAGAGCUCUGAGAGGAAGCGAAAGCGAGGGAUGGAGGGAGGAGAAGAGGGAAGUGGAGAAUCCAAAAGAGGAGGAGGAGGAGGGGGGCAGGUUCCCUCUAAUUCCAUCCCUGGAUCGGCGCCCAACACCCCCGCUCUGGAUUAUGGACUCACCCAGGUGCUCGGUGCAGUCCGGAUGGCCCCCACCAUGGUGACCAACGUGGUAUGCCCCAUCGCCAGCAUGCCCAUCCCCAUCACCAGCAAGCCAAUGGAAGGCCCCAUCGCCUUCAGUGCCCUCCCCGGGGAGAAGAAAGCCACGCUUCUGAUUGGAGGACCGGGAGCAGGAGGCGGGCCUAUCACAGCAGGGGGUGGGUACUUGUCCUCGUCCUCUCCCAAUCCCGUGAGUGUGGGGCCGGGGGGGCUGCAGGUCACCAGUCUAGUGCUGGGAGGAGCUUUCCCCAACCAGUCUAUACAGCUCAUAGCCCCGCCUCAGCCUCUCUUAAGCCCCACCCACAGCACCCUGCCACUCCCCCUCCCCCUGCUGCAGCCCCAGUUCCUUCCUGCCGCCUCUCUCACCCCUGCUGGCGGUGCCAAGCCUGGCCUCACCCAGGUGCAGUACAUCCUGCCCAUCCUGUCUUCUGUCAGUGCCAACCCCAAGAGCCCCUCCCCCCAGCUAACCCAGCAGCCAACCGGCGUCCUCACGCUGCCCUCUACUCCACCCACCCAUGUCUCCCUGGCCAAUGGAAUACAUUCGGGGGCAGGAGCGGGAAUAAGAUAUGCCGCAGUGGGAGGGGUCAGCCCUGGAGCAAGAGGUGAGAGAGAGGAGUGAUUGGCUGACAGGGAUGGAAAAGGGGAGGACCUAUGGAAAAGGGGAGGGGACUUUGCUAUAUACAAGGGGAUAUGCUUACGACCAUCCAAAAUUCAUAGGUCUAAGUGUUAUUUUUUGGGAGAAAUUAGUUGAAUUCCCUUCAAACCCAGAAUAAGUGUAACCUUCUAUUUAGUCUCGCAUAUCCCUACUCUUUAAUAUUAACUGUCAGUGAGUACGUUUACAUGCACACUAAUAAUUCGACAUUAAACGGCAGUAGACAGAUUAUGCAAUAGUCAUGUAAACACCUUACUCUGUUUAUCUUAAUCGGCGUAAGGUCAAAAUCGAAGUAAGCAUACACCGAUUAAAACACCUGGCUUUCUGAGCAAUCUUUUGAAUUAUUAGGACAUGUAAACACCUUAAUCGACGUUCGAGCGGUGUAUUUUAUCUGUGCAUGUGCUAGCACCAGCCGAGCGAGCCUCCCUCUUUAGUGUGAGUGAACAACUGAAUGUAUGCAAGGUAGUUUUCACGUACAAACGUUAUAUGUCCGAACUCAGAACCAAAUUAUUUGCUGUGGUAGAACAUUUAUUUUGAUUGGCGAUUUUCUGCAUUUAUCAGAGUGCCAUCAGGUAGCCUGAUUUCAGUGUGUCCAUGUAAACAGGAUUAUUAGGGCAAUCGUUCUUCUUGCAAAGCAUGUAAAUGUUUUAAUCAAACUGCUAUGUUAAUCUAACUAUCCACAAUAAUCGCAUACUCGGUGAGAGAUAGAAUUCAUCACCUUAUGGUUGUCAUUAGUUAUCAUGUCAAACCAGUCUUACCUCAACUGCUCUCUCUCCCUGUCUCUCUCUCUCUCUCUCUCUCUCUCUCUCUCUCUCUCUCUCUUUCUCUCACCAGUCCAAGCCCAGUCUCCAGUCUUACAGAGCAAGAUGUUGGUUCCCAUGGCAACAGUGAGAACAGGCUCUACUCCUCCUCAGCCCAUCUCCCUCGUGGCCCCUCCCCUUCCUGUUCAAAAUGGUGCUCUUCCAGGAAACAAGGUAGUGAUUAUUACACACAAGCAUACCACAUAACAGCAACUUGUAGACCUCUUUCCGAAAAAAGGCUUGAACAUACUCAUUCAAGGGUUUUUCUUUAUUUUUACUAUUUUCUACAUUGUAGAAUAAUAGUGAAGACAUCAGAACUAUGAAAUAACACAUAUGGAAUCAUGUAGUAACCAAAAAAGUGUUAAACAAAUCAAAAUAUAUUUUAUAUUUGAGAUUCUUCAAAUAGCCACCUUUUGCCUUGAUGACAGCUUUGCACGCUCUUGGCAUUCUCUCAACCAGCUUCACCUGGAAUGCUUUUCCAACAGUCUUGAAGGAGUUCCCACAUAUGCUGAGCACUUGUUGGCUGCUUUUCCUUCACUUUGCAGUCCGACUCAUCCCAAACCAUCUCAAUUUGGAUGAGGUCAGGGGAUUGUGGAGGCCAGGUCAUCUGAUGCAGCACUCCAUCACUCUCCUUCUUAAUCAAAGAGCCCUUACACAGCCUGGAGGUGUGUUGGGUCAUUGUCCUGUUGAAAAACAAAUGAUAGUCCCACUAAGCCCAAACCAGAUGGGAUGGCGUAUCGCUGCAGAAUGCUGUGGUAGCCAUGCUGGUUGUGUGCCUUGAAUUCUAAAUAAAUCACAGACAGUGUUACCAGCAAAGCACCCCCACACCAUAACACCUCCUCAUCCAUGCUUUACGGUGGGAACCACACAUGCGGAGAUCAUCCGUUCACCCACACCGCGUCUCACAAACACAUGGCGGUUGGAACCAAAAAUCUCAAAUUUGGACUCCAGACCAAAGAACAGAUUUCCACCGGUCUAAUGCUCGAGUUUCUUGGCCCAAGCAAGUCUCUUCUUCUUAUUCCUUUAGUAGUAGUUUCGACCAUGAAGGCCUAAUUCACACAGUCUCCUCUGAACAGUUGAUGUUGAGAUGUGUCUGUUACUUGAACUCUGUGUAGCAUUUAUUUGUCCUGCAAUUUCUGAGGCUGGUAACUCUAAUGAACUUACCCUCUGCAGCAGAGGUAACUUUGGGUCUUCCAUUCCUGUGGCGGUCCUCAUGAAAGCUAGUUUCAUCAUAGUGCUUGAUGGUUUUUGCGACUGUGCUUAAAGAAACUUUUAAAGUUCUUGAAAUUUUCCGGAUUGACUGACCUUCAUGUCUUAAAGUAAUGAUUGACUGUCGUUUCUCUUUGCUUAUUUGAGCUGUUCUUAAGACCAUCUUCUGUGUACCCCCCUACUGUCACAGGUGUAGAGAGGAGUAGGUAGGAGGCAGUCACAGGUUUAGAACUACUGAAUUUAUUGAAGCACCAUAUAUCAAAGCGGGACAAAACCCAAAGUGAAAAAUAUAAAGUACUCAGGAAAUAGUAGGAGAGAUACCUCUCAGGAAAACAAGGAACAUUUACAAUGACCGACAAAGACAAACGACAGAGGGAGUAAAUAUACAGUGAUAGAGUGGAGAUUGGAACCAGGUGUGUGUAAUGAUGACGAGACAAGUCCGGGGUUGAUGAGUGAAGGGCAUUUGCCAGCAGCAGGUUCGGCAGCAGCUAGAAGGCUGGCGACGCCGAACGCCUGAGCUGGACAGGAGGGGAAGUCAAAGCGAAGGCUGGUGUGACACCUACACUUCUUCUUUAAGAGGCUCCUCUGUCCUCCACUCGUUACCUGUAUUAAUGGCACCUGUUUGAACUUGUUAUCAGUAUAAAAGACACCUGUCCACAACCUCAAACAGUCACACUCCAAACACCACUAUGGCCAAGACCAAAGAGCUGUCAAAGGACACCAGAAACAAAAUUGUAGACCUGCACCAGGCUGGGAAGACUGAAUCUGCAAUAGGUAAGCAGCUUGGUUUGAAGAAAUCAACUGUGGGAGCAAUUAUUAGGAAAUGGAAGACAUACAAGACCACUGAUAAUCUCCCUCGAUCUGGGGCUCCACGCAAGAUCUCACCCUGUGGGGUCAAAAUGAUCACAAGAACGGUGAGCAAAAAUCCCAGAACCACACGGGGGGACCUAGUGAAUGACCUGCAGAGAGCUGGGACCAAAGUAACAAAGCCUACCAUCAGUAACACACUACACCGCCAGGGACUCAAAUCCUGCAGUGCAGGACGUGUCCCCCUGCUUAAGCCAGUACAUGUCCAGGCCCGUCUGAAAUUUGCUAGAGUGCAUUUGGAUGAUCCAGAAGAGGAAUGGGAGAAUGUCAUAUGGUCAGAUGAAACCAAAAUAUAACUUUUUGGUAAAAACUCAACUCGUCGUGUUUGGAGGACAAAGAAUGCUGAGUUGCAUCCAAAGAACACCAUACCUAUUGUGAAGCAUGGGGGUGGAAACAUCAUGCUUUGGGGCUGUUUUUCUGCAAAGGGACCAGGACGACUGAUCCGUGUAAAGGAAAGAAUGAAUGGGGCCAUGUAUCGUGAGAUUUUGAGUGAAAACCUCCUUCCAUCAGCAAGGGCAUUGAAGAUGAAACGUGGCUGGGUCUUUCAGCAUGACAAUGAUCCCAAACACACCGCCCGGGCAACGAAGGAGUGGCUUCGUAAGAAGCAUUUCAAGGUCCUGGAGUGGCCUAGCCAGUCUCCAGAUCUCAACCCCAUAGAAAAUCUUUGGAGGGAGUUGAAAGUCCGUGUUGCCCAGCGACAGCGCCAAAACAUCACUGCUCUAGAGGAGAUCUGCAUGGAGGAAUGGGCCAAAAUUUGUCACAACACAACUGAUUGGCUCAAACACAUUAAGUGUUUAACUUAAUUAACUUUUAAGAAGGCCCACCUGUUAAUUGAAAUGCAUUCCAGGUGACUACCUCAUGAAGCUGGUUGAUAGAAUGCCAAGAGUGUGCAAAGCUAUCAUCAAAGCAAAGGGUGGCUAUUUGAAUAUUAUUUUAACACUUUUUUGGUUACUACAUGAUUCCAUAUGUCUUAUUUCAUAGUUUUGAUGUCUUCAAUAUUAUUCUACAAGGUAGAAAAUAGUAAAAGUAAAGAAAUACCCUUGAAUGAGUAGGUGUCCUAAAACUUUUGACCGGUAGUGCGGGAAUAAAACCACAACUCUGGUGGUACAAGUAUGCAUGCAACUGAUGCAUGGGGACCACUAGCCUCCUGGCUGACCUGUAUGUGUGUGUUGUCCUGCACAGAUCAUCCAGAUUGCCCCCAUGCCGAUGGUCCAGACAAAUGUCCACCCUGCUGGAGCAUUGCAUCCUGGGGGUCCCUUCCCUGUAUCCAUGGCAACAGCCACUGUGAUGACUCCGGGCAUCAAACCCCCUCAGACCGUGUUGCUGACCUCGCCUCCAACAAGGUACUCACUUUAACCUACAAGAAACGUCUGAUUAUACAGUAUAUUCAGUGCAUUCGGAAAGUAUUCAGACCCCUUGACUUUUUCCUACAUUUUGUUACGUUACAGGCUUAUUCUAAAAUGGAUAAAAAUAAAUACAUAUUCUCAUCAAUCUACACACAAUACCCCAUAAUGACAAAGCAAAAACAGGUAUUUAGAAUUUUUUUGCAAUUGUAUUAAAAAUAAUUAAAUGAAAUACUUUAUUUACAUAAGUAUUCAGACCCUUUGCUAUGUGAUGCGAAAUUGACCUCAGGGGCACCCUGUUUCCAUUGAUCAUCCUUGAGCUGUUUCUACAACUUGAUUGGAGUCCACCUGUGGUAAAUUCAAUUGAUUGGACAUGAUUUGGAAAGGCACACACCUGUCUAUAUAAGGUCCCACAGUUGACAGUAUAUGUCAGAGCAAAAACCAAGCCUUGAGGUCAAAGGAAUUGUCCGUAGAGCUCCGAGACAGGAUUGUGUCGAGGCACAGAUCUGGGAAAUGUACCAAAACAUUUCUGCAGCAUUGAAGGUCCCCAAGAACACAGUGGCCUCCAUCAUUCUUAAAUGGAAGAAGUUUGGAACCACCAAGACUCUUCCUAGAGCUGGCUGCCCGGCCAAACUGAGCAAUCGGGGGAGAAGGGCCUUGGUCAAGGAGGUGACCAAGAACCCAAUGGUCACUCUGACAGAGCUCCAGAGUUCCUCUGUGGAGAUGGGAGAACCUUCCAAAAGGACAACCAUCUCUGCAGUACUCCACCAAUCAGGCCUUUAUGGUAGAGAGGCCAGACGGAAGCUACUCCUCAGUAAAAGGUACAUGACAGCCCGCUUGGAGUUUGCCAAAAGGCACCUAAUGACUCUCAGACCACAACAUUCUCUGGUCUGAUGAAACCAAGAUUGAACUAUUUGGCCUGCAUGCCAAGCGUCACGUCUGGAGGAAACUUGGCACCAUCCCUACGGUAAAGCAUGGUGGUGGCAACAUCAUGCUGUGGAGAUGUUUAUCAGAGGCAGGGACUGGGAGACUAGUCAGGAUUGAGGGAAAGAUGAAUGGAGCAAAGUACAGAGAGAUCCUUGAUGAAAACCUGCGCCAGACCCGCUCAGGACCUCAGACUGGGUCUAAGGUUCGCCUUCCAACAGGACAAUGACCCUAAGCACACAGCCAAGACAACGCAGGAGUGGCUUCGGGACAAGUCUCUGAAUGUCCUUGAGUGGCCCAGCCACAGCCCAGACUUGAACCCGAUCGAACAUCUCUGGAGAGACCUGAAAAUAGCUGUGCAGUGACGCUCCCCAUCCAACCUGACAGAGCUUGAGAGGAUCUGCAGAGAAGAAUGGGAGAAACUCCCCAAAUACAGGUGUGCCAAGCUUGUAGCGUCAUACCCAAGAAGACUUGAGGCUGUAAUCGCUGCCAAAGGUGCUUCAACAAAGUACUGAGUCAAGGGUCUGAAUACUUAUGUAAAUGUGAUAUAUCCAGGUUUUUUUUAUAUACAUUUGCAAGAAUUUCUAAAAAAAAAAAAACCUGUUUUUGCUUUGUCAUCAUGGGGUACUGUGUGUAGAUUGAUGGGGGGGGAGGAAACAAUUUAAUCAAUUUUAGAGUAAGGCUGUAACGUAACAAAAUGUGGAAAAAGUCAAGGGAUCUGAAUACUUUCAAAAUGCACUGUGUGUCCCACUAUUACUUUCACAUGGCAUGUUUUAAUGACAAGAGAAACUCAGCAGACUUUUAGUUUAUUGUGGUUGGUCAAUUGACGUUCAUCAGAACAAAGUGUUCAUAGCUAAACCAUCUGCUUUUUGGCUCUUUUUUACUCUAGGAUCACUUAUGUCCAAUCCAGCACCGGAGUGGUCUCCACAGCAACGGUCCAGGCCCCUCUCUCUCCAGGCCCAGGCUACCUGCCGUCGUCCCUGAGAACCCUGGGCUUCACCACCAUUGCCCCGGCCGGCCAAACCCUGAUGCAGCCUCUCGUAGCGGGCCAACCGCCCUUGCUAGCCCCAGCCCUUUCCCCUGGAGCCCCGGGGACCGGACGUCAACUCCUAACCGCCAUUUACCCAGCCCCGAGCGUCACCCUGGCGCCAGGUAUGGUUUCCAUUACCUCCGUGCCCCCCAAUUUGGCUCAAGAAGUGUCCGGCCAAUCAUCACUCUCGGCUGUUGGCGUCCAGGGUUCAAAGGUGACCCAGUCACAUGAAGAGGGAAUGCCACACCUGACUGCAGAGAUGGAACACAAGCCACAGGUGGAGGGCCAGGCCCAAAGGAAGACCAAGACUGAGAUAAAGAAAGAGCGCAUAAAGAUAGAGAAGAUGAUGGAGGAUGUCGAGGCACAUAGCCAACCCGGUGCUAACUCAAUGGGUACGUCCAGCAGCAAUAUACCAACAGGUACGUCAAAACUGAAGUCCGUCUCCCCUCACUUUCACGCUGUACUUUUGCACCUACCCUCCUCCUCUCUCACCUCCAUUUCUCCUUCCAUCUCUCCUCUCUUCACUUCUCUGCGUAUGGCCUUUUUGAAUGUACUUUCAGUGCAUCUCUUCUGCUGGUUUUUCAAACACUCCACAAAUUUCUUGUUAACAAACUAUAAUUUUGGCAAGUCGGUUAGGACAUCUACUUUGUGCAUGACACAAGUAAUUUUUCCAACAAUUGUUUACAGACAGAUUAUUUCACUUAUAAUUCACUGUAUCACAAUUCCAGUGGGUCAGAAGGUUACAUACACUAAGUUGACUGUGCCUUUAAACAGCUUGGAAAAUUCCAGAAAAUGAUGUCAUGGCUUUAGAAGCUUCUGAUAGGCUAAUUGACAUCGUUUGAGUAAAUUGGAGGUGUACCUGUGGAUGUAUUUCAAGGCCUACCGUCAAACUCAGUGCCUCUUUGCUUGACAUCAUGGGAAAAUCAAAAGAAAUCAGCCAAGACUUCAGAAAAACAAUUGUAGACCAGAAGUCUGGUUCAUCCUUGGGAGCAAUUUCCAAACGCCUGAAGGUACCACGUUCAUCUGUACAAACAAUAGUACGCAGGUAUAAACACCAUGGGACCACGCAGCUGUCAUACCGCUCAGGAAGGAGACGUGUUCCGUCUCCUUGAGAUUAACGUACUUUGGUGCGAAAAGUGCAACUCAAUCCCAGAACAACAGCAAAGGACUUUGUGAAGAUGCUGGAGGAAACAGGUACAAAAGUAUCUAUAUCCACAGUAAAACGAGUCCUAUAUCGACAUAACCUUAAAGGCCGCUCAGCAAGGAAGAAGCCACUGCUCCAAAACCGCCAUAAAAAAGCCAGACUACAGUUUGCAACUGCACAUGGGGACAAAGAUCGUACUUUUUGGAGAAAUGUCCUCUGGUCUGAUGAAACAAAAAUAGAACUGUUUGGCCAUAAUGACCAACGUUAUAUUUAGAGGAAAAAGGGGGUCGCUUGCAAGCCGAAGAACACCAUCCCAACCGUGAAGCACGGGGGUGGCAGCAUCAUGCUGUGGGGGUGCUUUGCUGCAGGAGGGACUGGUGCACUUCACAAAAUAGAUGGCAUCAUGAGGAAGGAGAAUUAUGUGGAUAUAUUGAAGCAACAUCUCAAGACAUCAGUCAGGAAGUUAAAACUUGGUCGCAAAUUGGUCUUCCAAAUGGAAAAUGACCCCAAGCAUACUUCCAAGGUUGUGCCAAAAUUGCUUAAGGACAACAAAGUCAAGGUAUUGGAGUGGCCAUCACAAAGCCUUGACCUCAAUCCUAUAAAACAUUUGUGGGCAGAACUGAAAAAGUGUGUGCGAGCAAGGAGGCCUACAAACCUGACUCAGUUACACCAGCUCUGUCAGGAGGAAUGGGCCAAAAUUCACCCAACUUAUUGUGGGAAGCUUGUGGAAGGCUACCCGAAACGUUUGACCCAAGUUAAACAAUUUGAAGGCAAUGCUAUCAAAUACUAAUGGAGUGUAUGUAAACUUCUGACCCACUGGGAAUGUGAUGAAAGAAAUAAAAGCUGAAAUAAAUCAUUCUCUCUACAAUUUAUUCUGACAUUUCACAUUCUUAAAAUAAAGUGGUGAUCCUAACUGACCUAAGACAGAGCAUUUUUACUAGGAUUAAAUGUCAGGAAUUUUGAAAAGCUGAGUUUAAAUGUAUUUGGCUAAGGUGAAUGUAAACUUCCGACUUCAACUGUAUUAUUACUAGGAAUCAUGAGCCGCUAUUUUGUGUUUUCCUGCAGGGAAUGAAGAAGAUGGUGGUCGAGCCAGCCACAUGAAAGAAGAGAAUACGGACGAUGACAGAGAUUAUGCCAGAGAGAAACAGACAGACGUGGAUGGAGAGAGGGAGAGGGGGAUAAAGAAGGAGAGGGGGACGCCUGAACCAGAGGAGUCCAGGAAGGCAGAGGAUUGGCCCCAUGAGGGCCACAACAAAGGGGACAGUGGCAACGGGGGCCACAGCAAAGAGGUAAGAGACUCUGGGUUUUGCUGAAGAUCGCGCACCCAUCGAAAACAAUGACUUCUGUAGAUAUUGCAAAAAGCAAUACGAACAAUUCUAUUAUCGCGAUGCAAGCAAUUAUCGCAAACACUUAUUAUAAGGCUGCUGGUAAGGUUACUGAUCCCUCUACCUUUUUGUGUCUCUCCAGGCUGGACCGAGGGAACCUCUCCACCCUCCCACAGGACUGGACCCUCCUCUGCCUCCCUCACAGACUGACAGGAACGCGCCCCCCUCAGCCAAGAAGACCAAAUUCCGCCCACCGCCACUCAAAAAGCCCUCUGACUCCGUUGAAAAGUGAGUGACAGGGAUGGGGGGAGGGGCAAUGGGAGGAAAUUAAAACACAUCACCAUCGCGUUGCUUCUCUCUGUGGUCACUAUUUGGUAGAUUACAUAGUUGACAGUAAACGUGUAUUGACAGUUAUGACCAAGUGGAGAAGAAUUUGUAGCCAGGGAAUCAGUUGGUUGGAGCUUGGUGCUUACAUCACUAGCGUUGAGGGUUCGAUCCAGACCAGGAUAAAGUGACUAAGGGGGCAGUUGAAAUCGGCAAGGGGGCUACAUUUUUGGGGGUUCUUGCAUUGGAAUUAUAUUGGAUUCUGUUUAAAUGAUGCUAUACCACAAUAAACAUGAAGUUCAAAUGCAGAGACUCCAAGAUCAUUGAGUGCUUUUGAAGUGACAGGUUGGCACGAAAUCUGUAGCCUUUCUCCGCUGCACUGUAUCAACAUAAAAUAGGGGCCUUCUAGCAGUCGUAAGGACAAAGAUUCAACAGGAGGCAUACAGGUAUAGAUGCAAAUUAUUGUUGGAUAUAUUUACACAGCGCUGGUGUUUCAAAGAUGACGAUGAUAUUUACAAAUAUAUAUAUACCAAGUUCUGACUUCAAAAUGUCAACAUUCAAAAGAAAAAGCCUCUCAUCAGACAAAACCUGUCUUAACUAAUAAACCACAGGUGGGGUCCACCAGGCUCAGGGGGGGGGGGGGUUGGAGUAAAGGGGGGGGUGGGGGGUAGAAGGAUUACUUUAUCCUAUCCCAGGUAUUCCUUAAAGAGGUGGGGUUUCAAAUGUCUCCGGAAGGUGGUGAGUGACUCCGCUGUCCUGGCGUCGUGAGGGAGCUUGUUCCACCAUUGGGGUGCCAGAGCAGCGAACAGUUUUGACUGGGCUGAGCGGGAACUAUGCUUCCGCAGAGGUAGGGGAGCCAGCAGGCCAGAGGUGGAUGAACGCAGUGCCCUCGUUUGGGUGUAGGGACUGAUCAGAGCCUGAAGGUACGGAGGUGCCGUUCCCCUCACAGCUCCGUAGGCAAGCACCAUGGUCUUGUAGCAGAUGCGAGCUUCAACUGGAAGCCAGUGGAGUGUGCGGAGGAGCGGGGGUGACGUGAGAGAACUUGGGAAGGUAGAACACCAGACGGGCUGCAGCAUUCUGGAUGAGUUGUAGGGGUUUAAUGGCACAGGCAGGGAGCCCAGCCAACAGCGAGUUGCAGUAAUCCAGACGGGAGAUGACAAGUGCCUGGAUUAGGACCUGUGCCGCUUCCUGUGUAAGGCAGGGUCGUACUCUCCGAAUGUUGUAGAGCAUGAACCUACAGGAUCGGGUCACCGCCUUGAUGUUAGCGGAGAACGACAGGGUGUUGUCCAGGGUCACGCCAAGGCUCUUCGCACUCUGGGAGGAGGACACAACGGAGUUGUCAACCGUGAUGGCGAGAUCAUGGAACGGGCAGUCCUUCCCCGGGAGGAAGAGCAGCUCCGUCUUGCCGAGGUUCAGCUUGAGGUGGUGAUCCGUCAUCCAUACUGAUAUGUCUGCCAGACAUGCAGAGAUGCGAUUCGCCACCUGGUUAUCAGAAGGGGGAAAGGAGAAGAUUAGUUGUGUGUCGUCAGCGUAGCAAUGAUAGGAGAGGCCAUGUGAGGAUAUGACAGAGCCAAGUGACUUGGUGUAUAGCGAGAAUAGGAGAGGGCCUAGAACUGAGCCCUGGGGGACACCAGUGGUGAGAGCACGUGGUGCGGAGACAGCUUCUCGCCACGCCACUUGGUAGGAGCGACCGGUCAGGUAGGACGCAAUCCAAGAGUGAGCCGCGCUGGAGAUGCCCAGCUCGGAGAGGGUGGAGAGGAGGAUCUGAUGGUUCACAGUAUCAAAGGCAGCAGACAGGUCUAGAAGGACAAGAGCAGAGGAGAGAGAGUUAGCUCAACAUUAAACAUGACGGAGAAACCGGGCGCAUAGUCUCCAAACAACUACAACAAAGAAAUGGACAGUAAACUGGUAAAUGCAAUUAAAUAAACCAAAAGUUCUUCAUCACAAGUGUUGCACAGUUUGUGCGCUCUCCAAACGACGUUUCCACUUGGAGAAUGAGAAUGGGAUGAAUAUAUAUUAUAUUUAAUGACUUUUCAACAUUUCCGUAAUCAAAUAUUCUAAAUGAAUGCUGGAAUAUGUUGGGAUUAAAGGUAACUUCACUGAUGAAUGUAUAUUUCACGGGGCAUUGAUAAACAUGGACAAACAAUUGACACGGUGAAACAAAUAGUGCUCACGAAUUAGCAGGAGUCAGUGCGCGAUAGUGGAGAGAGACGUGGCUAUAGCGCGUCUUGACCACAUACCCCUGCCCUUAUUCUGGUCUCGACAUUUUAAAUUAUGUCCGAGACACGUUCCUCACACAUAAGCAGUAACCUCAUAAACAUUGUCAGGAUGUAGCAGUGGUCAUUUUCCCUUCAACUGAAAUCAUUACGGUUCAGUAUUUCUUACCACCCCCCUUAAAUGCACACACAACCCAAACUAAUGGACAUGUGACAGCGAGACAGAAUGGCACAUUCCAAACGAGCACUGGGUACAUGAUACAUAUUGACCAACAUGGUAUGGAGAAAAUAAAGGAACAUCAUAGCAGUUGCCCCGAGGCAGAUGGCACAAACUUCCCCACAUGGGCCUUUGUUGAAGCAGGUAAGGGAGCAUUCUCUCCCGAACGAUACACAGUCGACACUGGGGUUGUCUCCAGACCCCCCAGCAGUGACACAACUUCCGUGCCACACCAAGGAACAUUUUGCGGUGCAAUCAUUUUCUCUCCAAGCCGGGGAAAAGGUCAGAGCACAACCUCUCCUCUCCAGGCUCCGGAGAGAGCUCGGUCAUAAUGAGUCAAUGUCGACAUGAAAACCUCACACACCCCAUCAUAGGGCAGACACUCCUGCAGAGCCCCCCAUAGGAACAGCAGAGAAGCAGGAAGGAGACAGUUCAGUCUCAAACACGGUGUCCUCACCAGGGCCCGACUGGUAAACUUGAACCUGCCUUUAUAAAUCAAAUCAAAUAUUAAAGGGUGGAGGCGUAAAUCACAUUAUUCACUUAGCCUACCACAGAGAUGAGAAGUGUUUUUACCGCUUUUUAUAGAAACCCAAAGGAGUUAUACCUAACCACCCCAGUGGCUUUCCAGAGCCCCCCUACACACACUGCGGCGCUCUCUCCACGGCGGAGAUACAUCUUUUUUGGGCCCAACCUGUCACUCAAUCAUUUGAACUUUUUUACUCUUUUUAUAUAGGGACAUAAAACUAAAACUGAGGAGGCACAAGCACCCUUUUAGCCCCCUCGUGGAGCCGGGUACAGUUUGAUCCCAACAUGGGCCUCAUAAAAUCAAACUAUAUUUCAACUGUACAGGGUCCUGUUGGGGUCCUAUUUCGAGGAGCGCUUUGCCGAGCUGCCAGAGUUCAGGCCGGAAGAGGUGCUGCCCUCUCCCACCCUCCAAAGUCUGGCCACCUCCCCCCGAGCCAUACUGGGCAGCUACCGCAAGAAGAGGAGGAACUCUACAGGUGAGAGAGAGAGAGAGAUAAGUAAGACUGUGUUGACAUGAUAACUCUUGUCGUGAUUUGCGUUUUGUCCUACUUUAAAAAAAUAUGUAUAUCCCGUCCCCGCAGGAGGCCUUUUGCCUCUUGGUAGGCCGUCAUUGUAAAUAAGAAUUUGUUCUUAAUUGACUUGCCUAGUAAAAAAAAAAAAAGUGCUUCUGCUUCCACAUAAAUACAUAGAAUCAAUUGAGAAUAACAUCAUACACCCCCCUCCCCACCCACACAAAAAGUUAAUAAGUUAAUGUCAGGCAAGGCUGUGACUAGGUGGCAGUUCCACAUGAUUAAAGGGAUACUUUGGGAUUUUGGCAAUGCUAGCAGAUACCCAUAGACUUCCAGUCAUUGCGCUAACACUAGUUAGUAUUGGCUCGCGAAACUACCUCUAACUUACUUCAUACUGGACACAGAGACAUUAAAAUGGUUUCCACAAGUUCAUCUGACUCUGGGGAAGUAGAUAAAGGGGCUCAUUGCCAAAAUCCCAAAGUAUCCCUUUAAGGCCUGCAGGCCAUCUCCAGUCCGUCAUUGCCGUCUGCCUCUAUGUCUCCCCUGCUGUUAAGCAGUUUUAUUGACGGGGACAAGCUAAUGUUUAUAACUGUUCAGCCUGCAUAUAGGUACCCUAUAACGCCUCAUCAAUGGCAUCAGCUGGAACUCUGUGUUCAGUGCAUGUGUGGGGUCCGAUAUUACCUUUCUGGCCUGUCUGAUGAUGGUCUCCUGGAAAAUGUCCUGGAGAGAGGAGGGAAGUGUCAUGCCAAUAAUCUUCCCUGCUGUCUUGGUCAGUCUCAAGAUUUGGGCUUUGAGCUGCACUGUCAGGUUAAGCCAUAUCCUGAAACAAGCAUGACAAGGGAGAGAUUUGUCGAACAUAUUCAAAAGAAAAUGUAUUAAGAAUCUAGCACAGCCACUAACAUGAAUUUAAACAGAUUUCUUUCCUCCAUUAAGAACAGAGGUAGAAUACAUUAUUAUUCCAUGUUCUAUUGAAUUCUGUGGUUAAAACACCUUCUCUUCAUCCUAUAUCCCCAUCCUCUUUCUUCACUCACUCCACCACCACCUCCUUUUCCUCUGUAUCUUCCUCCUCCUCCUCCCCUUCAGACCUGGACUCGUCAGCAGAGGACCCCAGCUCUCCCAGGAGGAAGACUGCAGCUCGGAGCCGUCUCUCCAGCUGCAGCUCGGAGCCCAACACACCAAAGAGCGAGGCCAAGUGUGAGGGGGACAUCUUCACCUUCGACAGAGCUGGUACGUAGUGUGGAGUGCACGACAGUCUGUUAUAGGUUAUGUCUUGUGUCCUAAAUGGCACCCUAUUCCCUAUACGGUAUAGUGCACUACUUUUGGCUAGACCCCUAUAGCUAUUUCCUUAGUUACUUGUCCCUUCCUCCUUGCAUUAUUUUCUCACUCAUCCGUUUUGAUUCCCCUUGUUACCCCCUCUUUUCACUAUUCUUCACUUCUCUCAAUCACCAUCUUUUCCCCUCCCUCCUUCCCCUCUCUUCUCUCCUCUCAUCUCUCUCUCCUCUGUCCUGUCAUUUCUCUAGGUGCUGAGUCUGAGGAUGUCUUGGGGGAGAUGGACAGAGUACCGUACUCCUCUCUCCGGAGAACUUUGGACCAGCGCAGGGCUCUCGUUAUGCAGCUCUUCCAGGAACAUGGCUUUUUCCCUUCAGGUAACCACCCGGCACCAUCUGCUUCUCUCAUUGGCUCAUGUAGCCAAAUUGUUUACUGUCAUUGGUCACCUUGUAUACUGGUUUUGUGGUUGAGCAAGACCAGAUUACAACCAACUAGUCUCUGAUACAACCAGGCAAAGGUUGCACUGCAAUAGUUUUCUUCAGAGGGCUCAUCUUCUUUCCCUCUCUUCUCCUCCUCUGUCCCCCCGUCUAGCCCAGGCCACUGCAGCCUUCCAGGCGCGCUAUUCGGACACCUUCCCCACCAAACUGUGUCUGCAGCUGAAGAUCAGGGAGGUGAGGCAGAAGAUCAUGCAGACAGCCACACCUGGAACCCCCGGAAUCUCUGAGCCCAGCGGGUCAACAACAGGGGUCAUGGGGUCAACAGACUCUGCCUGCGCUGCCAAUAGCUCCUCCAAUACCAACACUCGAGAUGGUACAGGGACGGAGCCCGGAGAAAGAGGGCGGAGUCCCGAGGAGCCCAGGUGCAUGGGUAAAUUGUAG